GGGGGAUUUAUAUGACUGCGGGUGAUCGUGGCUCUGCUGUCUUCUACCCGUACCUUCACACGCACCCACAAGUAUGCCGAGGCUUGGUUGUAGAACUCAAAGUAUUGCAAAUAGUACAAUCGCACUCUUCUGUCUCCCUUGCGGUGCCCUGCCCGCUUGCCGUGAUACUUGUAAGCUGCCCCCUGACCGUUGACGUGGCGCUUGCAAGUCGCUAGAAGAUCCGAAGCAAUGCGUUAGAGGAGCAGAGUAAGCUGGCAAGAAGCGCCCUAUUGUCCGGGUACAAGCAAUAUCGGACGAGCUCGAGGGAAAGCUGUACCGCCCUUGGCUCAUCACCCUUGCGGAGGCACACACACGCAACUCUGCGGAUCACUCGGCAAUUCCGACACAAGAUGACUAGAAUGCUUCAUCAUC